AUGUCCCAGCAACACAUGCUUCAGGAAAGAUACAUCAUGCGGGAGCCGGCUGAGGCGGCGCCCGAGGCGGAAUACUCAAAAGCGGUGAUUGUCGGAGUACCUUUCGACGACCCCAGGCUGAGUCAGCCAGUGACGAUGGAACUUGGAGCCAAGGGCAAGCUCAAGAGGAAUACGUUUGCGUGCACCAAUUGCCAUGCACAGAAGUCCAAGUGUGUACCGUCCGACUUCCAGGAUAUCUACCGUAAACCAUGCAUGCGUUGUGCGCGCAGCAAGCGGGUUUGUCAGUUCGAUCUUUCCAAGCGCACUCGGAAACGAAGACGCGACGGCGGACUGAGCUCGCCUGAUGUUGCGCACUCGCCUGGCCUACUAGAUGGCUCCAAGAGUGUUUCUGCGCUGACGCCGCUCGCGCCGCUCGUGCCGUUGGGUCCGCUGGCUUCUGCGGGGCCGCUUGCUUCGUUGAGCGCGGGCUCACAGGCCAGCACUUGGUCCUCGGUGUCGGCUGAACCCGUCAGGUCUGUUGAAACUGCGAAUUCCGCGACUUCUGGUCAACCAGCUCACUCAAGAACGAGCUCUACGCCCGCGUUAGGUGGCAUGCUUUCGCGACCAACCCACUCGACGAAAAGUGGUAGUCGCAAACAUGCGCUCCACCACGAACUGCAGAUGUUGCUCUCUUGGCAACGCGAAAAGCUCGAAUCAGUCUCCAGCGAACUCACUCGCUUGUCCGAGAAAUGGAACGACGCAAUAGAAAAUACCGUGGCAAUGCCACUAACACUCGACCCCAUAUCACUUGGCAUCAUUACGCGGGAGCAAGCCGAGUUCCGUCUGCAGCUGUAUCGCUCGGAAAUUUCUAACAACUACCGGUUACCAUUCGUCAAAAUUGCUGCGAACAAAACUCUUGAUGAAAUCCGCAAAGAGGAACCAUUGCUCUUCACUUCUGUAAUGUCAAUUGUUUCCGGCAUGCUCACGGUGGACCAGGCCUCAGAAGAUCAAAAUAUGAAACUAGACAACUUCACUUUGUGUCUUAUUUCUCAUCGCAUGAUGCGUAUGGGUGACAAAUCUGUCGAACUUCUUAAGUCUCUCCUCACACUGUGCUUAUGGUACAACUUUCCAGAAUGGUCCAACAAGACUAGAUACCAUUUUUUCAACUAUGUAUGUUGCUGUUUGGUUCGUGAUCUUGUACCUGUGAGCAGGCCAAAACUUUUUUCGAUGAUGAAUAAUCAUACUAUGAGAAGCGAAGAUGAAUCGACCUCCAUCGACGAUUUUCUCCUAAAAAAUGAAAGCUAUCCACGCUUAAUAAUCCUUGUCUAUGUUUCCGCAUUAAACAUCAACAUUUUUCUUCGACAAUCGAUACAGAAUAGAUGGGGAAUCGUACAAGAACGGGCGUGCAACAUACUAUCGUCGUCCUCAGUCAACGAACAGGACUUGCGCGAGCGCGAGGAAGCAUCAGUAUUGAUCAUGUUUGGUAAGCUUAAUCACAUUCUUGAAAAGGUGCACAUAAAAUUACAUGAGGCUGAUGAAGAGGACACAUAUGAAGAAGGACUUUUUUCGCAAACGCAAAAGAAAAUCGUUGAGCAAUUGCAAAAGGAAUUAGAGGAAUUCUUCCAGGAAAUUCCAUACGAGAGACUGAGAGUCAUGGCUUUCUUUUACUCCGUACAGGCAUAUCUCCAUGAGUGGAUUUUUUCAAGAUUCAUCGCAAAAUUCGCGGACCAAUCUACUAUACAACAUGUUCCAGUGGAUGUUUCUAAUUCAUUCCUUAAAUGCUGCGAAUCAUGUAUAUCUGCAAUGAGAGAGUUCUUGAAAUUGUCUCCAGAGCUUAUCGCCUCUUUACCGCUUUUCCAUAUUUCCAGAAUCAUUUACACCGUGGGUAUGUUAUUGCUACGUUUAAGAUACACCACAGUAACUAUUCCAGCCUUUUCAUUUCUAAAACCAAGCACUGAACAAGCUCUCACCCUUGUCAAAGAUAUUUCCACAUUAUUGGAUAGAAGUGCUGAGCUUUACCCUUACAAUAAUUUUCUCACUAAACUGAGAUAUGUGGUAACGCUUUUCGUUCAAAUUUACGCCAAUAAAGUCAAGGCAUUCAUCGAGAACUCGCGCUCUCACAUAGAAACGAGAGCCAACCAAGUAAAUGAACCUCUUGAGAACAGUAUGAGUGCUCCAGAUCAGAGGUCUCUACCAAUGCUUUUGAACCCAGUAUCUCCUUCCAAUGAUGUCCCGGAAGUUCCUCUUGCCUCUUAUCGCGAAGACCUUUCUAAUGACUUAAACACUUCGAGUGGGACUAGUGAGGAUUUUAAUAGCUACUUGGCUGACAUUAAUUCCCUUGAAAUUGGGUUCAAUGCUCUCAAUGAUGAAUUUUGGACGGAUGUAUUUAUGAACAAUAUGUAA